AUGAACAACGUAGCGUUCACUCAUCAAGGCGCUGUCAACGCAGACCCUCCACAGGCUGAAGGAUAUCACCUCAUCUUUCAAAGAGGACCUCGUAGAGACACGCAUUUCCUCGACUAUCCCAUCAUUAAUCGAGAUCCUCCAAAUCCCUUCUACUCUCCUAUCAUCCCCAACUACAACAACACGAAUGAGAACCUUCAAAACAACUUUGUUGACGACGCCAGCAACACCUCCAGUAUCCACUUGGGAAGAGGAACAACUAUUCAGAAUGUGCCUACAACAGAGAGUUAUUCACCCUUUGCCCAACCGACUCAGGUGCAGCGACGUCCAUUAUACGGUCAGCCUGGGCUUAAUGUUGUUGCACCUCCUUAUACCCCGAUGCCGCGCUUUAGAGUGCCCGACAACGCUAUUCCCACCCAGAAUCCAGUGCAGGCCGCUAUGCGUGCACAGAUCCAGAGUCUAGUUUAUCGUGUCUCGCCCAACUACCAGGGGGAUCCAACUCUAAGUGCCAACCAGCCGGCUAACAUCCCAGAUGAUCUCAACACGUCGGUCUGGAUCACGAACCUGCCACCCAACCUCGACCACAGGAUGCUUCUAGGUAGUGUCCGUAACUGCGGAAAGGUCUACGCUGCCGUCGUCAACCCACCGGAGCAAGGUCAUAUGACGUCCGCCAGCAAGAUUGUCUUCUUCGACGUGGCUGGUGCUCAGAGCCUACUUAGACAAUACCAUGACGGCACAUUUGUGGUCAACGGCUACAUGCCACGCGUCGUCCACAACAGAAUAAGAACUAGGGCGAGACCUCCCAGUCCCGUCAGCCGCGUCCUGCACAUUGAGGGGCCUAGUUCCAUCGUCAAUCGGGAGUACCUGGCGAUGCUAUUUCGAUCCGAUGACAUCAUUUGGCAGGACGAAGUCGUUGUCCAGUUGGCGGGCAGUACGGACUUCACGCGGCUGGAGUGGAGAUUCGGAAGCUACCGUUGCCAGGCAGAGUCAGCUCGGCACCUUAUUGACCGAGUCAAGAGAGUGCAAGAAGAAGGGACAUGGGAACAUUUCUUAUGGCAGUGCGUAACAGUCAACUUUGGUGUCGACCCAUGUGCACCUCAACCAGACGCCCAUAUUUGA